UGCGCAUGCGCAGACUGCGCUCCUGUCUUAUUAAUUUUUAAUGGAAAAUGGCUGCGAUUCUCAUCCAAACCUCUGGAGUCUGCAAAUAAAAGCCGUUUGUGCGCCGAGCGUUUUGUUCGACCUUCACACAGAAAAUAUUCAGCAUGUCGAUGUUUUGAUGUCGUUUGGUGUUUUUAAACAAAUGUUUUGGAGAAUGGAUCGAGUGGCGCUUUCAGGGAUGAAAGCUGGUUUUUCUCCUUAACCCUUUCUGCUCGGGGAUCUGCGAACAAUUGAGCUGAAGAUGAUGCGCCAGGUGUCAACCAGUGACUUCUGCAUUAAUAGCAGGCCAUCAUGCCUCGCAGAGGACGGCCACCACACCACCGCACACUUUGACCUGUGCACCACCCAAGCAAGCAAGUUUUACCCACCUCCCCCACCAACGUCUCUUCAGAUGACACUGGCUCCAAUGGCUUUGCCCACCCAGAGCCAUAAAUCCAUGGUGUGCCAGAGACAGGACAUUCUUGGAGGUAGCCACCGCACACCUGAAAAGCUACCAGGCCUUAAAACCGCAGAUCAGCCACCGGAUGGAUCCAAAAAGAAGAACAAAAGCGUUGGGAAGAGCGGUAGACGUGGUAGACCUCUGGGAACCACCAAGCUAGCCGGGUACAGAACCAGCACCGGACGGCCUCUCGGCACCACCAGAGCCGCUGGCUUCAAGACCAGCCCGGGAAGGCCAUUGGGUACUACCAGAGCGGCGGGGUACAAAGUCAGCCCUGGACGGCCUCCAGGCAGCAUCAAGGGCUUCUCUCGCCUCAAGAAACUGGGUUAUGGUAGCACCUGUAGUGGAGCGGCGUUCCCUUAUCCACUGCCACACAAAGAGCUCCUGUGUGAACCCUCGUGCAAAGACAAAACAGCUACUGAGUAAAGGCUGCACUCUCUUUCUACUCUUCCAUCGGUGGAUUAAAAGACACAUGCCCACAGGAUUCCUACUAAAUACUGGGUGUAACUGUAGUCUUUACCGAUUUGUUGCAAGGCCGAGACAUUGAUUUUUGUAUUGUUUGUGUUGGUAUCAUAUGUGUGUCUGCUGCCUGAUGUAAUCGCUAAAGUCUUCGAAGCGUUUCUCACUAUGUUGCUUCAACUGUUUUCUUGGAGAAAAUAAUACAAGGUGUUUGUUUUUUUACACAAGGUUUUAACUCACUGAACCGUUGUCAUAGUUAAUAAUUAAAAUUUUUACUGUGCUAAAUAUGUAGCAUUUUAACACCAUUUAGCAAAUGUUUGAUUGUAUGUAUAUAUUAUUCAUGUUUUCUCUUUUUAAAUAAUCACAAUGAAGUGUAAAAAAAAAUCUGUGAAGGAAACACCAUUGUCUCUGCAGAGAGAAGCAACGAGUUUUAUAGGAAUAAUGGUCUUUCACUUUGAAAACAUACAAAUUCUACAUGCCAUAAGUCCACUCCAACAUUUCCCACAACUUCAAAUAAUGCCCACAAAUGUAAUAAGUGAACAUAGUGAAAGUUUUCCAUAAAUGACUGGAUGUCAGGGUUUGGAAUGAACUACUGUUUCAGCCAGAGAU